GUAGAUUUGCUAGGCUCUAGGGUAUUCAGUGCGCGAUUGCUGGAAAGAAUGUGUAUAUCAGAUUUACCUGCAGCACGGGAGACGCCAUAGGGAUGAACAUGGUUUCAAAAGGAGUUUAGAAUGUUCUUGAUUUCCUUCAAAACGACUUUGAUGACAUGGAUGUUAUUGGCAUAUCUGAACAAUCCAGCUGGAAUGAAGAGCUGACUUUCUCCCUCAAAGAACCUAAUGGAGUUUUGAAUUUGGAAGUGUUUGAUAAAGACCUCUUGAAGACAGAUGACAAAAUGGGACAGGCACAACUCAGCCUUCGACCACUUGUCUCUGCUGCUAGACUCAGGCAGAUUCUGCAGAACUUCAAUGGCGAGACGGUGUUAAGGAAGGUUGUCCCAGAUAGUGACAACUGUUUGGUCAGAGAAAGCUCCAUCACUUGUGUCAAUGGUAAUGUUGAGAAAGCUCCAUAUUUCUUCUCUAGUUGUGAAUGUUUCUUGCUUGCUCAUUUGGAAAGCAGUUUUGUUCCAUAAUUAGAAGUAUCUACC